AUGGACAGGUUUUCAGGAACACACGGCCAUGGCCUUGGCAGUGAGAAAGCUCCUCUCUUGAACAGACUAGCUGGGAGAAAGGUGUAUGAUUCAGUGGAGAAUGGUCAGCUAACUGGCCUUGAGCAUGGAGAUGGAGUGCUGGCACCAAAUGUAGGAUUCUGCCGAGUGAUUUCGCUUGCCAAACCUGAAGUGGGAAAGUUGAUUCUUGCAACACUGGCACUCUUGCUUGCAUCGACGUCUACAAUUUUGAUUAGAAAAUUUGGGGGGACGAUUAUCGAUAUUGUUUCAAGGGAUAUCCAAACAGAUGAACAAAGAUCUGAAGCUUUAGGAGCUGUAAAAAACACCAUAUUAGAAAUAUUUUUUAUUGCCAUAGUUGGUUCUAUCUGCACGGCGCUUCGUGUAUGGUUGUUCUCUUCUGCUAGUGAAAGGGUUGUGGCUCACUUGAGAAAGAACUUGUUCGGCCACCUUAUUCACCAGGAGAUAGCCUUCUUUGAUGUUGCUCAAACUGGGGAGCUCCUUAGUAGGCUCUCUGAAGAUACCCAGAUCAUAAAGAGUGCAGCCACAACUGAUCUUUCAGGGGCUCUCAAGAAUCUUUCUACUGCAUUUAUUGGUGUAGGAUUCAUGUUUACAACAUCAUGGGAAUUAACAUUGUUGGGUUUAGUAGUUGUUCCACCCAUAUCAAUUGGUAUGCGCAGAUUUGGGCAGUAUAUGCGUGAACUUUCCCACAAGACUCAAGCAGCUGCAGCAGUAGCCUCAUCAGUUGCUGAGGAAGCUUUUGGCGCAAUACGCACAAUCAGAUCUUUUGCACAAGAAGAUUAUGAGAUAUCACGGUAUGCAGAGAAAGUGGACAAUACUUUGAGUCUCGGACUUACUAGGGCUAAAAUAGUUGGUCUUUUCUAUGGAAGCCUAAGUGCAGCAGCAAGGCUACCGGCUAUGAUUGUAGUUCUUUAUGGAGCUACUUUGAGAAUUCAUGGCUCAAUCACAGCUGGGGCUCUGACAUCUUUCAUUCUUUAUAGCCUAACAGUUCAAUCUUCAGUGUCCGGGCUAUCUGGAUCAUACACUGUGGCGAUGAAAGCUGCAGGGGCAAGUAGGCGAGUUUUCCAGCUCUUGGAUCACGCCUCAUCUAUGCCAAAAUCGGGAAACAGAUGUCCUUUGGGAGACGAAGAUGCAGAUGUAGAAUUAGAUGAUGUCUGGUUUGCCUAUCCAUCGCGUCCCAACCAUAUGGUCCUCAAGGGUAUUACGCUGAAACUGCAACCUGGCUCAAAGGUUGCCCUGGUUGGUCCAAGUGGUGGUGGCAAGACUACAAUAGCGAACUUGAUUCAAAGGUUUUAUGAUCCCGUCAGAGGAAAGAUCUUGCUGAAUGGGGUUCCUUUGGUAGAAAUCUCUCAUCAACAUUUACACCAAAAGGUCAGCAUAGUGAGCCAGGAACCAGUUCUUUUCAAUUGUUCCAUUGAAGAGAAUAUUGCCUUUGGCUUGGGUGGCAAAGCAAGCAUGAGUGAUAUAGAAAUUGCAGCUAAGAUGGCAAAUGCCCACGAGUUCAUAUCAAAUUUUCCUGACAAAUACCAAACGAGUGUGGGUGGACGUGGAUUAAGGCUUUCUGGUGGUCAGAAACAGAGAAUAGCAAUUGCGAGAGCUCUACUCAUGAAUCCAAGGGCUCUACUUCUGGACGAGGCCACAAGCGCACUUGAUGCUGAAAGUGAAUUUCUUGUACAGGAUGCCAUGGACUCUCUAAUGGAAGGGAGGACAGUACUUGUGAUAGCUCAUAGGCUUUCAACCGUCAAAACUGCAAACACUGUAGCAGUGGUCUGUGAAGGGCAAAUAGUUGAGAGUGGCAGUCACGAUGAGCUUCUCAGCAAGGAUGAUGGCAUUUAUACAGCACUCGUGAGGAGGCAGUUGCAGGCACCCAAAGACGGUUAA